GAAAAUGGAAAAAGCGAAAUUAAGGAAAAUGGAAAAAAUGAAAUUAAAGAAAAUGGAAAAAGCGAAAUUAAAGGAAAUGGAAAAAGUGAAGUUGAAGGAAAUGAAAAAAGUGAAAUUAAGGAAAAUGGAAAAAGUGAAGGUGAAGGAGAUGGAAAAGGUAAAAGUAAAAGUAAAAGUAAAGAGAUUGGUGAAAUUGAAAAUCCAGAAGGUGUCAUUUCUACAGUUAAAAAUCUAUCAAUCAAAGAAUUAGAAAAACAUUCUUCUGAAUUAGGAAUAAAUGGCAAUAAAAUUAUUUUAGAUUUAUCAGAGCUCGCUAAUUCUACCCAACUUACCGCUUUACCACGUGUUCCAAUAGAACAUUGUAAAAUUAUUAAAUCCAACAAAGAAAAAAAAAAUUCAUUUUUACCUUCAUUCAUAAUUACUCCCAAUCCAAUUAUUAAUGCCAAAUUAAAUGCCGUACGUUGUUUAACUCGUUUUGAUGCCAUUAAAAAAACAUUACAUUUGGAAUUGGACAUUAAAGAUCAUA